UAUGGACAUGUGUGUCACUCUGAGCGUCUGGCUGUUCAGGAUGGAUAUUUUGACCAUCUACAACAGCAUGCAUUGUAAAUGCUGCGUCUCACUUUCUAAGGAGAGAAGACAAUGAAGUAGAGUUCAUCGCUUGGCUUCUCUGAAGUUUGUCCUCACGGAAUCACUCAUGUCAUGGUCGUGAAGAUGACUGUGAAAGAAGAGACCUCAGCGCUAGCCCUGGAGGUGAUGUGAAGUAUGUACCUUGCUCCCUGUGACACUGUGGACAUGGAACUGCAGCAAUGAACCCAGACAACUCCUAGCUCCAAAGACAACCCCUUGCUGUGGAUCUUUAUUCCCCCUUUAUUGUGGACUUGGUCUUCCCAAGGGCUCACCUGAAAAAUGAGUGAUGGUGUGUGGAUCUCCCUCAGUCCGACAGAGUUUGCUCAACUCCAGCAAUACACUGAUUAUUCUAGUAAGAAACUCAAGGAUGUCUUGGAAGAGUUCCACGGGGAUGGAGUCCUCUCCAAAUAUAACCCAGAACAGAAGCAAGACACCUUGAACCAACCCAUUGACUAUGAGGGCUUCUGGCUCUUCAUGAAGACGUACCUGGAGGUGGAUAUCCCAGAGGAGCUUUGCCAGCACCUCUUCAUGUCCUUCAAACGCAAGGUCUGCCAGUAUUCCCCAGAGCCGCAGCAGCAAAGUUCUAGCGUCUCUCAGCUCAAUGCACUCGAGUCAAAGUCCAUCGAUGCGGGCAUCUCCAUUCAGACCGAAGUGGCUUGCGCCCCUGUCACAGGGAUGAAUGGGAAAACUCUCUUAAGUGCCUUGGGAAGACACACUCCGGAGUCCAGGAGCUCCCAAGCUAACCUGACAGACCAGCCACCAGCCACUCUGACCCCUGCGCCUAUUGCCAACAACAGUGCCAUUGGGAACGCCUCUCCCAGCUGGUCCAGGUCAUCCUCCCAGAAAUCCACUGCCGGCACCCCUUCUGCCCACAACUCCUCAGGGUCUUCGAAGAUCUCCUCUGGGUCUCUGCUCAACCCGCAAUCUCCAGGCGGAAGGAGCUUGGAGAAGAGGUUACCUUUCAGCCUCCGGAAGACUCACAACUCUUUGAAAACGGCCAACGCACACCCGCCAGCCCCAGUGGCUCCUGUAGUGUACUUGAAGGACAUUGUCUGUUACCUGUCGCUGCUGGAAAGAGGACGGGCUGAGGAUAAGCUGGAGUUUAUGUUUCGCCUGUAUGAUACGGAUGGCAACGGCCUUCUGGACAACUCGGAGCUGGAUCGAAUCAUAAAUCAGAUGGUGCAUGUAGCAGAAUACCUGGAGUGGGACUCAACAGAGUUAAAACCAAUUUUGAAGGAGAUGAUGGAGGAAAUUGACUAUGAUCAUGAUGGGACUGUGACGCUGGAAGAGUGGAUCCGGGGUGGAAUGACCACCAUCCCCUUGCUGGUCUUGUUGGGGAUGGAGACGAAUGUGAAGGAUGAUGGGCAGCAUGCCUGGAGACUGAAGCACUUCAAGAAACCUGCCUACUGCAACUUCUGCCGCACCAUACUCCUAGGAGUCCGGAAGCAGGGCCUGUGCUGUUCCUUUUGUAAAUAUACUGUCCAUGAAAGGUGCGUGUCCAAAGAAAUCGCCUCCUGCAUCAGCACUUAUGUGAAAUCCAAGAGAAACACAAAUGUGAUGCAGCACACAUGGAUUGAGGGCAACUCCCCAGUCAAGUGUGACCGGUGCCACAAAAGUAUCAAAUGCUACCAGGGUAUUACCGGGCUACACUGUGUAUGGUGCCAAAUCACACUUCAUAACAAAUGUGCCUCUCAUGUGAAGCCAGAGUGUGAUGGAGGGCAGCUCAAGGACCACAUCUUGCUGCCUUCCUACAUCUGCCCAGUUGUUCUGGAAAGACAGCCCCAUUCAAGGAAAUCAGACAGCGAUUCUCCUGCCAGCACCAGUCCAGAUGAUGCCAACCAGACCUUCAAGUUCAAUUCUACCACCGUGGAUGGGCAAGGCUUGCAGAUCAGCCCCCGGCCUGGGACACACCCGCUGCUGGUGUUUGUGAACCCCAAGAGUGGAGGGAGACAGGGAGAAAGAGUUCUUCGGAAAUUCCAUUAUCUGCUCAACCCCAGACAAGUGUACAACCUGGACCGAGGGGGACCAACUCCUGGAUUGAAUUUUUUCCAUGACACCCCAGACUUUCGUGUUUUGGCCUGUGGAGGGGAUGGGACGGUCGGAUGGAUCCUGGACUGCAUAGACAAAUUGAACCUACCGAAGCACCCGCCUGUGGCCAUCCUACCGCUGGGAACUGGCAACGACCUCGCCAGGUGUCUGCGCUGGGGAGGAGGUUAUGAAGGUGGCAAUUUGUUGAAGGUCCUGAAGGACAUUGAGCACAGCACCGAGAUCAUGCUGGACCGGUGGCGAAUUGAUGUGAUCCCCAACAACGAGGAGGAGAAUGGGGACCCUGUCCCAUACAGCAUCAUCAACAACUAUUUCUCCAUUGGAGUGGAUGCAUCCAUCGCACAUAGAUUCCACAUGAUGAGAGAAAAGCAUCCUGAGAAAUUCAACAGCAGGAUGAAGAACAAGCUGUGGUACUUUGAAUUUGGCACAACAGAAACCUUCGCUGCCACCUGCAAGAAGCUCCAUGACUAUGUGGAGAUUGAGUGUGAUGGAACGCUUCUGGACCUGAGCAACACCUCGCUGGAGGGCAUCGCAGUCCUCAACAUUCCCAGCAUGUAUGGGGGCUCCAACCUGUGGGGAGAGACCAAGAAACAGCGCAGCUACAACCGGAUGAGCAAGAAAGUACCUGAGAAGCUGCAUUCCACCGUGGUCACUGAUGCCAAGGAACUCAAGUUUUGCGUCCAAGACCUCAGUGACCAGCUCCUGGAAGUGGUGGGUCUCGAGGGGGCAAUGGAGAUGGGGCAGAUCUACACUGGACUGAAGAGUGCCGGCAAGAGACUGGCUCAGUGUUCAGCCGUCACCAUCAGGACAACUAAGCUGCUGCCCAUGCAGGUGGACGGGGAGCCCUGGAUGCAGCCGCCCUGCACCAUAAAAAUCACCCACAAAAGCCAAGUGCCAAUGUUGCUGGGCCCACCCCAGAAGAGCAGCUUCUUCUUUCUGAGGAGAAGAAACCGAACUCGAGACUAAUGUGUACCUGAGCAGAGAACUCCGGUUCAGAAGCAGUGGUUCUGCAUCCUGAUGGCAACUGUCGCAACAAAACCCAGUGGAUUAGAAACCUUCAUCUCUCCUGAUUUCCUUACUUCUCUUUCUUCUGUGGAAACCUCAGAUCAGAGGCAGCAUCUUGAACACUUGAUGGGAAACAGCAUUGCCGGUCACAGGAUGCGACCACUGGAAAUGGGACGUGGUCUGCAGUUUUACACACUUGCGCACAUGUACACGCACACACUCACAACACUGCAGGCAGGCAGAGCAUGGGUAGUUUAAAAAGACAUUUUCCCCAACAUUUCUGAAACUGAGGAGGGGAAAUAAAAUCUCUGGGACCCACAGAAAAGAUUUGUCCAUGACGAAGCUUGGGAUCUUUCAAGACGAUCCUCAGUGAAUGUCAGCCUUCUUCAACUGGGCCCAAAGUGAACAAACAAAGGCAGCUUGCAACUGAUGAAGUAUAAUAUCUGGCAUGACGCUGCAAAGGAGAGUUGGCUUCUGUCCUUUUAUUUAAAUAACUUACCCCCUACCAAGGCACAGAGGGAACAUGGAAGCCAGGCUUCACUUAUUUAUUUUUUAGUCCUGUCAGAUGACGCUGUGUUUGGCUGCACUGUCCCUGUGGUCACCAAAUCCUACACGUUCAAAAGGCUAUUUAUUUUCUUAGCAUAGAGAACACCGAGGAGAGGAGCUGGGAGGCUGGCCGUCGUCUCUCAAACAGUUGUAAUAACAUGCUUUCAACCCCCUCGACUAGCUUUUCUUUGAAAAAACAGAAGCGAGGUUGUUAUUCAGAGGCAAGCGAUCCUUGGAAAGAGGGAGCCAGAAGGGAUGGGGGCGGCUGCAAAAGAGAGAGACCUUUCUUUGGGUACAGAGAACAAACUCAGGGUAAACUGAGUGUCUCUGCUUGGGAUGUGUAAUGACUUGAACCUGGUCCUUUCAGCACAGCUGCCUGCCUCUGUGGACCCUGAAUCGCUGAGUCCAAGUUUGGACCCCCAAAUCUGUGUUUUUAUUUAUAUAUUUAUUUAACAAAUGCCUUUCUUGCUUUUUUUUUUUAAAAUAAGAAAGAGUUCGACAAGAAUGAAAUUUCUCCCUUCUUGUUGGCUGUUCUGAGUAAGGAGAAAACCCAGCUGCCCUUUCACGAGAUUUGAUUUAGUUCACUGACACCCAGCCCAAGCCAGAUUUUGGAUGGAACAUGGUUACCUCCAUGUGCAGUAUCAUCACAACCAGCAGCAGGCACCUGAAUGGCUUUAGAAGGUGCACGAAGCCUGGGGAUGAAACCAAAGCAAGCCCAGAGCUAGCCCGGCAGAAAGCUGUGUUUGCUUUCUAAAGCCCGACUUUGCAGGGGAGAAAUGUAAUGAGUUCACCCCAAAGGGAGCCAAGCAACCCAAAGUUGGGUGUGUGUGAUUCUGACACAGGAGCUACCUGUUUCUAUACCUCCCAGCUCUGGAGAUCUGCUGUCAAGUCUUAGUUCUUCUCUGUUAGUCUCCUUCUACUCUGUAGUGGGGUUGGUAGGUAGGCAGAGUCCUGCCGGGCAGAGCUGUGGGAGGGAAGCUUCCUCAAUAUCUGACUGUCCUGCUCUCGCUAGCACAUGGACAAGUAAGGGCAGACACUCGGGCACAGCCAGGAGAGAACUGGUACUGCCCAGUGAAAGCAUGUGGGCCUGGCCAUUCUUCUCCAAGUGUUUCUUGGCCAUAGGGCAACAUCAGGCUCUAUCUGACUAUGCUGCGACUCACGGCUCUCUGCAGCAGUGUCUGGCACUGGUUCUAGCCAUUACAUUGUGGGACAGUGCCAGCAAGGGGCUUGUGUUACCACAGCUCCAGGAAAGAGCAGGGAGAGCCACUUGCUGCUGGGAGCCGGGAUACCACACUUGUCACUGGUGUGCAAGCGUCUUCCUUACUUGCCCCUGCACAGAGUAGCUAAGUGGAAUCUUCCUCUUCCUUAAAAUUGUGGGAAAGGACAAAAGCCAUCAAUCCUGAGGUGUGUCCCUGUCCCAGCCAAGUACAUGGGAAGAGGAGGAGUUCCUGCCUAGGGAAAACACUUUAAAUAUGCUAGGAAAGCAGGAAGGCACCACUGGGCAUUGCAUGAAUCCAUCUGCAUGGUUACGGAGAGAUGCACUGCAGUAGCUGGCCAGGGAGCUCUCUGCCUCUUCUGGGAAGUGGUGCUUUCUAGUUCCCUCCAGGCUGGUAAAAUGCUCCUGAACAUGACUUAGUGUUUUUGAGGGGAAGAGGAGAGGAGAGGAGGGCAAAAGGAAGAGAAAAUAACCCAACUCUUGCUCCUGAGCAGUUGUGCUGCCUUUGUGGUGAUGGGUGUGAACAGAAGUGGGAGAGGGGACACAUUCCUUGCAAAGUGCUGGCCCUGGGGAGGAAGCAGUCAGCGCCGUUCUGGUUUGGAAAGAAAAUGGACUUUCUUUGGAAUUCUGCUAACUAGUUGCCUGGGUGGUUUCCCCACGGCCUCCACAGGGUGACCUUACAUUGAACCAAGUGUCCUGAUGGUCCAGGAGCAGAAGACCCCUGCUAGGUUUUCAUGGUGAUGUACGCCGCACAAGCAGCUCCCGAGGUUUCCCCAUUCUAAGGUAAAAAGGCCCUUUUCCAGCCUCUCCUCAUAUAUAAACUGGUUUUUUGCACACUCAACUCUGAACGUCUCCGAUUUAUUGUCUCUGGAGACCCUACUUCAGAGAAGUGACUUGGGACAAGUGCACCAGGCUGAUGGAGUUUAGGCACGGGUCCAAACGGAGGUUGUUUUUCACACAGGCUGUUCAUCUACCACCUCACCCCAGCUUAAUGGGAUCCUCCCGGGGCCUCUCUCAGCCCUCCAUGGUGUUCAGUCCAGGACAAGCCACUUCUUGCCGAUUGCCUUGUCUAGCAAAGAAAUGUGUCAGCAAGUUGAAGCCACUGCCCUUGCUCCCUGUGAAAGGUCUCUGAGGCAAGGAGGGCCAGGGUCUCCCUGAGAACAGCAUAGACCUUGCUUGUGGGCAGGCUCAAAAUACCUGUAGAUGGACUCUGCAAAAUGCAGCUGAUGGGUGGUAGUAACACAGCCUGAAUAUCUUGAUCCGCUUCCCUCCCAGAGGACAACCAACAGGCUUCAUUCCUGAUCUAGGCUGGAACGCCGCUAACAAGGGUCAAGGGCAGAUGAGGAGUCUAUAUACUGUGAGAAGACUCCACAGGCUUCUUCAUGACUGGACCACAAAGAGCUGAGAUUCUGGACAUGAUGAACUCUGUUGCCAAUGUUGGGUAGCAACCUGCUGAGCUUAAGCCACGAGUUGCGUGCCAGACAAAGGGAGGUGCUGGCAAUCUCUGUUAGUGCAGGAUGUCACCCCAGCCAGGAAAGGCACCGCUGUAAAUCCUGGACUGUGGAAUAAAGCUCCCCCAGCUGGAAUGCAGACAGAUAUGGGUAGCCAGAGACCACAGCCCCUUUCCUACUCCCAGGAGGCUGAGUUACACAGACGGCAGUCUGAGCUCAUGGACCUCUGCACUGUAACCAGCAAACAGCAGGAAGAAUGUCACUGAGCCUUCUGGGUAACCCAGCUGUGCCCAAACUAUCCCAGUGGUGUGCUGGGCGAGGCUGUGAUAGCAGGAGCAAGACUAUGAAAAACCUACCUGAUGCCAUUUGCUGACUUUGCCCCAGGCACUCUGGCUGUCUCCCUUCUCACUUUGAUGGUUGCAGGGUAUCUGGGUAUGCAGGGCGCUGGACCAUGAGGAGCAGAGCUCAUGUGCCAAGCGUGGAAACAGCAUGUGGGUGCAGGGAAAGCAGUGAACUGAUACAGCCUGUGAGUUUCUGCUAAUACAUGUGGAUUGAAGCCAUGUGCGGCUUGGCUGGCCCAGCUGGGCUGUGAACUCGGGCUUUCCCUAGACAGUCUGAAGAGAGGCAGAGCCAUGGCGAACAGAAGGAGCGAGCCUGGAAUCAUUCCCCACUCUCCAGCAUCUCCCCCCGUCUGGUCACCAGCAGAGUAAGCUUCUUUCCCCUGUCCCAAGCCUCUCCUCCCCAUCUCCAGGCUUGGAACAUAGUGGAAGUUGCUGAUUUUCUGCCUGCCAGACAACACUAUCUCUACUUCUUCCCAAAUCAGGCUUCCCUCCACAGUGUGCUGUAUUGAGCAAGGAAGCCAGGAGCUAGAGGGCCACUGGUCACUGCUCAGAAGACACCAAAGCAGCUCCAAGAAGCUGGACAGCAACACUUCCAGGGGAAGGGGCUUUCUCCUCCCCUCCUAUAGCCAUGGAGCAGAUGAACACCUGGUGGUGGUUCAUUUCUGUUCCCAUGUUACCUUCUCCUGGCCAUACCAGGGAACACCAGCUGGGGAGAACAGCAGUGCCAGGCUCCUCAGCAAAUAGCAGUGUGAGAGGAAGAAGUAUUAGCAGUGCAGAUGGGUGAUUGCCAUCAUUAGGUUUCAGAGUCAGAAUGCAAUGGACCCGAUGAGGGCAAUUUGUCCUUCUCCAAGGUGCGCUGAUGCUGCAGUGAUGGGUAAACUAAAACUGUGAAAUGACGCACUUGCACUUCAAGUGGCAGAUGGCACUGCAGGGGUCUGCUUCUGAGCUUAUCCACACUGGCAGGAAUGGGUGUAUUAAACUGAAAAGUCCCAUAAAUAGGUGGCAGUAAAAUCAUUCAUCUUUCCCUCACUGGAGGCCUGACGGGUGCAGCAAAGGGAAAGGACAUUUCUUGCAUCAGCAGGAUGUCAGCUGGCUUCCAGAGGCCCUUUGGCUGGGAUGAGCAAGAUGCCUUUUUCUUCUUUCAUCCCCGGGCAGGUGGGUUUCCAUUCUGAAAGGACAGCUAGAGGGGCCUGUCCAUGAUGCACCAAGAAAGGUACCAUUGUUGCCAGAUGGAGAUGCAUGAGAUGCAUGCAAGGAGACAGCAGCAAACACAGCCCCAGAGAUGCUUGCACAACCCGAGCCCAGCCAUCCCUGCAAGACAGGAAGGGGGCAGUCUGAGAAAAUGAAGAGCAGACAGGCAUCACCAGAGUGGAAGAAGAUAGAUCCACUGGGCUGCACCAGAGCCACUCAGACGAAGUGGGUGGCUCUGCAGUCUUCUGGAUACCAGAGCAAGAGAUGUUCCCCUACCUCCUAAAGAAGCUUGGGGAUGUCCUUUCAUUGUGCUCCUCACAAUGAGCAAACUACAUGAGCAAACAGACUGAAGCAUAGUGUUAUCUGUCUAGCAUGAGGCCUGGAGACCUGGUGACCUAUGCCACCCUACAAGACUCAUGCCUGGAGACCAGCUGAGCAGGACAUGGGUAGGGGAGAGAGGAGGGUGUGACCUGAGCCAGCCUUAAAUGACUUUAAGGCCAGCAGCCAGGCUCCAGGUACACAGCUGGAAGCAAAGUGAGCCGAGUCAGUUCAGUGGGUUUUGAAAGGGGAGCAUCUCCUCUGAUAUGGUAUAGUCUCCUUGGCUGAGUACUACAGUAGAAGAUAAAGCUACUCUCCAGCUGAAGUUGAGAGACAUUAACUAACCUUGUCUUGGGCAUAUACCAAAAUCCAAGGGGCACAGGUAACAGGCAGUGUAGACUGGAAAUACUGAUAUGUUGGGAGAGUGACAUAAAGGGCACGGCUAGACCUGCCAGAGGGUCUCACUGCACUAAUGGAAGGGAUUGUUCCAGAGGACAGUGGUGGAGAGGUGGCUCCAUAUUUCCAUGUAUUUGCCCUGCCAGCAAGGUAUGAGGUGGUGAGAAUGAGGGGAGAAGCAGGAUGUUACAGACAAGGGAAAACCACAGGAAAAUCGAACACUGCUGCUGGUGACCCCUAUGGCUCUGAAAGUGCCAUGGAGAGAGGCAAGGACACUGCGUGUGAUGCCAUUCUCAAGCUGCUGACCACGGGGAGGCGAGAGACCCCUCCACAGGAAAUGGAAACUAGAUCUAGAGAUCAGUGUGAUGGGGAGAUGACGAGGGAAUCCUCUAAUGUCCUACCAAGCCCUGACAACUACUCCUCACCUGUCCUGGAGAGGCAGGAGGUAAAGCAGAAUUUGGAGGAAAAAGCUAAGAUAUGAACCCUCCAAAAACCAGGAGGAGCAACCAUGGCAGCUUUCAUCUGGUAUUGCAUCUCACUUAAAGUUGUGGUCAAACAGCAGAGCAAAGAUUAACCAUGCAGGCCACCCUUCUCAGAAGUGGCACCACUUGUGAAUAAAAGGUCCAUUUCUUUCCCUUCCUGCUACAGCACAGAAACAACACCUCAGCAACCAAUCUACAGGCCCUUUCACUGGCUGUCAAAUACCACUCAGGCCAGAGAGGGUUCAAAAGGAGAAAUCUAAGAACCCAACCAAUUUCAAAAUCCUGAGCCCCAAGCACCAUGUACAGAGCACCAGCUGUGCCAGGCAGACUCGACUGCUUUGGAAUGGAAAAGCAGAAAAUGAGUGACUAAGAGAAUGCACCGGGUGUCUGGACUUUUGUAAAGCAUCUUAGUCGGUGUUCCCUGAAAUCUUAAUUGAAAAAGAUCAUUCCAAUUAAUUCGGAUUUAGGAACUGUCCCAUGGGCUGGGAGCUGCCUGGGGGACACUCAAUAACAGCUAAUGCUUAAUGGCAAUGUAUAGAGUCUGGGGGGAGAUGUUCUGUGAAUCAGAUGUCCAGACUGACCAGACUGGAGAGGGUUGCAAAGACCAAGGAGGCCAGAGAAGCAAUACCAUGGGAAAUGUAAGCAGGGGAUGAAAUGCAUUCAUCUGGCAAGAACAUACUCUGAUAUGCAGGAGGAAGAAUUGUUGCUCGAAUGCACAUGGGAAAUAAUCAUGUCCAAAGAGACUGACUGCAGAGGUAAUGUGUAAUGCGGGGUCUCCAAAUUAUAAAGGAGCUAGCAAUUGAUGGGGAAAUGUUUCUGAAAAAAACAAGAGCCAGUUUCCUCCUGUGCUACGGUUGCGAGGGCCUACUUGGAGUUGCAUCAUGGAUGAGACUGGCCCACUCUGCGUGAGAGCAACAAGCAUUUUCUAGCUUUCUGCACAUCAUGCCCCAGAUCAAGGAGGGAACAAUCCUUUUCUGUGACGCUGAAGGGGCUUUUAUGAAAAUAGUGCUGUAGAGGCGUAGGGCAAUGGAGAGAAAGCUGGGAAGGGUGCAACUAUAGAACAUGGCGUGAAUCGGGAGGAAGGAAGGACAAAAUCUGUUCCAUAGGCACGGGGAACAAAGGAGGCAUGUGACACUCAUUGCCAUGGUGGGUGAACCCCAAGGAGGCAGAAGGGGUGUUGAGACUCAGCUCUUCCAUCUCUAGAUUUUUUUCUGUGGAAUGGGAACAGCUUCAUAAUUCGGAGGCAGUUGCUCCCUCCCCUUGCUUGCCUGAUGGCUUGUGCAAGAGAGGUGCAGCUCCUGCUGCAGCACUUUGUCAUCAACAGUUUCCAGCGGGUUCUCCCCAGAGCAGAGCUGGGGGCUAUACCAGCUUCUCCAGAAUAUGGUGUGUUUGGUCUGCAGGCUGCCUGCAGAGAUCCAGAGACUGUCACAACCUGGAAGUAUGUAUUAGGAAUGACCUAGACACUCCAAAGGCCAGACAGAGCGCAGAGAGCUCUGGUGAGAGAACUGAGGCCAGUCAUAUCAUGCAUGGCUGGCAUGAUCGCUCGUUGUUGCUGCUUAAGCAGUAAAACAUUUAAGCACAUGUUGCACUCAGUGGGAAUUAAAUACUUGAACUCUUUGCCAGGUCAGGAUCCAGGAGCAGUUGUUUGACCCAAACCCAUGGAAGUUUAAGGGGCUUCAUUUUUGGAAUCCACACUUGUUCAGUGCCCAAGCAAAAGAGCCUCAACCCCCACCCCAGGCAGGGUCUCCUAUUUCUGACCUGGUUCCAGCAGCACUGGGCAUGGUUUCUUUUACAGAGGUGAAAGGCGGGAGGCUUGACAGCUUAUGUGCAGACACAGGUAGUGGAUUGUGCAUAUCAUGAUGAUGGCUAACAUCAAGCUUUUCAGUCACUUGGCAUGAUAUGGGGGUGGGGGAAUUAUCACCACUGGGACCAGACAGACUGAAUUGCAUAUCUGAUAUAAGACGGUGGAAGUAUAGGCUGGGAUUGCCGAAGGAGCCCUGUGGGGUAAGGCUCUCAGGUCCCGCUCAACAUCAUUCCCAUCAGCCUCCUUUAAUGCCAGCCAGUCCGAGUGCCAGCCAUGCGAGGGUUUUCCAAGACAUAAAACCAGCUGUGUCACUUGCCUGACAUUAAGCACAGCUUGGCUGGCUGAAGGGAUCUGGCCCGUAGCAUCCCCUGCUACCAGCACGCACCCCCAAUUACUGUAAGACUGUUUGAAAUAAUGAUUUGAAGCAUUCGUUACAAUGUAAUUGCAUGCACAGAUUCGUAGGGAAGAACAAUGUAAAUAGCUAAUGCAAAUAGCCCAGGGAUUUUGCUAAGCAACUGAGCAAGUGGAAAAUAGCAUCUGAUUUUCCAUCCAUGCAGGCUCUGUGACCAGAUGAGAACACUGAUCAGUGGCUCGGUAGCAUGUUGGCAGUGUGUAAAUACAUUUUACUUUUAUCCAGACACUGAUAUUUGUAAAUUAGUAGCAGACAAGCGCGUAUAGUACCAGUGCCGAAAUAAACAUGUUAAUUACCAUGAAAUAUUAACAAUACUUUUCUCUCCAAAUCCCCUCCCGGAUGUUACGAAUGGCCGCAGCUGUAAUACUUGCUCCUCUGGAAGUGUUAAAGAAAAAGGAAACUCUAGCCUUUUUUGCCUGUAAGUGCUCCUGGCAGGGUAAAAGACCUUCUCCGUUUAAUGCGUAUGAUGAAAACACACGAGAUCACUGGGGCUUAUAUAAGCAGAUUUGGCACUCUUCCCCAGUUGGCAUGGGCUGUAAAUUAUCAUUUUAAAGUGUGACUAUGGUCUGAAAGGUGCCUGUGUAAAAAUAGCAACUUUUUAUUCCACAGCCCUGCCCCUUGUGUGUGCUCAGAGUUGAUGUGCUCAUAACCCCAAGCAAAAAAUAAGUGUUUGCUACUUUUUCCUUCAAUUAUCCCAGCAGAGCCCAACGCCAUUUGGAGAGGGUGAGCUGAAGUCUAUUUUGGCUCAGGCGUUGUCAACAGAA